AUGCAUCGAGGACGUCAAGGUCUGAUUUUCACUCGUCCCUAUAUAUAUUUUGUGCAUUUUUUUCAAAUUUUUUUGGGUUUCAAUGUUUUUUUCUGUCAUGGAAAAUUUGAAACAGUUUUCAUGUCCUAUUAGCUUUUAUUUCUAUAGUUUGGUCGAAAUCCCUUGUUGGUUGAUUCCAAAGCCGCAAAAAUCUUCACCGCUUGAAAUGACACGAAAAAGGACUCAUUGUGUGAUAACAGUUGUUACGAAUUUUCAAAAACUCACUAUUUUGAGUGUCGCUAACUUUUUAUAAUUCGAAAUCUUGGGCAUUUAAAAAGAAAUAGAAGAAAAUUUUUUUGCCAGUUCAAGGGGUUUUGAGUUUGUGGUGUUCCAUUUUGUAAUUUCCGAAUAAAAGGUCAAGUCAAGUCUCUUAACGUCCUAAGCUAGUCGUGAAUCGGCUAUAACUGUUCAACUUUUUUUUAAUUCCAAAAAUCUAUCCGUUUUCAAUGAGAUAGCUUACUGAAUUGCUAAUUAUCAUGGAGGUCAUUAUGGUUCUAUUGGAAUUUUAUUUAAAUUUGCUUGAAAACUUUUUUAUGAACUGGAAUUUUAAUCCGCACAGAGGCUACUUCUAAUUUUUAGGAGGUAUUGUUUUUUUAUGUCUUGUUCAACACCGAAUCAGACCAAAACCAUUAUUUCGAAUGUUAGAGGGUCCAAACCAUCAAAAUUAUAAAGAUAUAAAGACUUUGCUGAUCGCUAUCCUAAUUUUUGUUCAAAUAUCAUUUUUGUGGAAAAAAAUAAGAGCUUCGGCGUCGUUGGAGUGUUGUGAACCGACUUGAAAGUGAAAGUUGAAAAAAUUUCUUUUCUUUUUUUCCGAUCAGAUGCACUGAAGUACAUCUAGGUAUUUUCCCUUCCAUUUUUGAGUCUUCUUCAGUGACCUUGAUUGGUUAUUUCGGAAUUGCGCGUGAAACUUUGUACAUUUUAGUCGUCACAGUUUCCAAAUGUACGUAUUUUCAGACAAACUAUCCGCUCGGUGGAAACGGAUCCUAAUGAAGGACUGCGAUGAUGUCGUGAUUGAGAGGGCGGCUUUCGACGAUUUUUCCAGUCCUUCCCCGUGGCGAACCUAUGAAAUUGUCGCGAUCGAUCAAGUCUUGUAUGGAAAUUAAUUAAAAUGAAAGUAAAGCUAUUUUUUUUUUUGUCAGCUAUGUGAACGCCGGCUGGCUCGCCGAACUAUCGCCGUAUUUCGCAGAAAACGCAUUUUGUCGGAAACCGCCGGUGAAACGGCUGGUAUUGGACGAUGUGACGCCGGAAGAAUGUUUAGAAUUUAUUCGCUGCAUUUUUUUCUGCCCAAUGAGGAAGCCGUUGUCAGGUGAGUAUGAAAAAUUAUCUGUUGAAUGAAGUUUUUUUUAGGAUUGUGAUGUAAAGUUUAAAAAAUUUUGCACUUUUUUUUGAUUAUUCUUUUGAAAAACUUGUAAAAUCUUAUUAUUAGGUUUCAUAUUUUAAAAGGCUUUCAACUUGAAUAGGUAUAUAGUGCAAAAAUUGAGCGUUAUCCGUCAGCUCGUCGAAAUUUUUUUUCCGCCUAAAGUACCAUAUAGAUCAAAUUCCCUGCAAGACCCUUGUUUUUUACUGUUUUUGGGGUUGCCUUUUUUCUGCUUUUUCUUUAAAAAGGGGCCGCAUGAACUCUACAAAACUUCAAAAAACGCAAAAAAAAUGAGGUCCUGAAGCGAAGUUGCUCUAAUUUGGUAGGCGGUCUUUUUGGCGGGAAGAAAAACGUGACAAGCUGGCGCGGAAUGGGCUAUAAAUAAAAGUUUUCAAAAUAUUUGGGAAAAACGAUAUUUUCCUGGUGGAGAAGAUGACUAGAGAUUUGGAAAAAUUGCUUAGUUUGAACAAAGAAGAUUUAGCUACUUAUUUUUUUUUCUGAAUUUUAUGAGUAAAUAGGGAUUCGACUUACAAGUCCCGUAUGUUUUAUUGAACUGUCUUUUUUGAAGUGUAAACGGGGUUUUGUUCUGUACGCUUGAAACUAAGGAAGUUAAUUUUUUGAUCGAGGAGGCUUUUUUUUUGCGUUUGUGAGGCAAGAAUAAGAGCAUGUAUCGACAAAUUAGAGGAAGAUACUUUAUAAAAAGUGAAAUUUCAUUUCUCUUUCUAGUCCACAACGUGUCUUUGGUGCUGCGAUUGGCGAAUCGGUUCGAAAUGAGGCCGGUGAUCGCUCGUUGCGAGCAAUACGUUGGUUUGCACGCGGAGAAAUUGGAUCGACAAAAGUUGUUCCAGGUUUUUUUUUAGAGAUGAAUCGUUAAAAAAAAUUAUUUUUAUGUGUUUUUAAAGGAGCAGCUUGAAAUUGCAUGAAGGUCUCGAGGCCGUUUUUACUGUCUCUCAUGUUGGAGGAGUUGACUCGCCGUGCAAAUACGGAAUUACUGCGCGGGGAAAGCAGGAGGAGUGCGGGCGUUAAUAUGCUUCAGCCGCGACGUUCACCAGAUUGAAGCGUCCUCGACAGCGGUUUAUAGGCGUCAAAUUUUCAAGCCCCACCGUCCAUCCGUUUUUGUACCGCCGCUCAGCAAACUGAAGCGUCUUUGAUAGCGGGUGAACGGCGCGGUUGAUGGGGCGUCAAAGCUCUAAGGCCCCAUAGCCGCUUCUGCCUCGCCGUUCACCCGUUUUUGUCCCGCCUCUUACCAGAUUGACUAGUCAUUGAGAGCGGGGUGAGCGGCGAGGUUAUUAGGAGUCAAAGCUUCAAACUCCAUAGCCGCUUCUGCCUCGCCGUUCACCCGUUUUUGUCCCGCCGCUCAGCAGAUUGAAGCGUCCUUGAUAGCAAAUGAACGGCGCGUUUGAUAGGCAUCAAAGCUUUUUAGCCUUGUAGGAUCUCCUGUCCCGUUUACCCGUUUUUGGCCCGCCGUGGCUCUUUCAUUCACUGUCGCUCCGUAUUUGUACGGCGAGUCAACCCUACCAACAUGAGAGUUAUUUUGGGGCACAUGUGACUUUUGAGAACCUCAGAAGGAGUUAUGAAAAAAAAAAUAGUUUUUUAUCAACAGUUCUACUUCCAUUUUUUAAUUUUUGAAGAUUCUAACUUCUCAGCGCUUCCCCAUCAUCAUUAAGGUCAUAAUACCAUGUAAUCUCAACUUGAUGAAGUGGCCCCGCGGGGCACAAUCGGGUGAAAGUUGGGUAGACCUGUAGGAAGCUCGGUUUAGCCCGUCGCGCUGAAGAUUUGCCGAUUUACCUGAAAAACGAAAUGAAGAAAAAUUAAGGCGGCUUUAUCGAAUAAGCGGUGGAGUGAGCGAAGCGGGCGUGCACGCCGUGUUAAGUCCAAUUUACGACCCGCCUUUCACCCGAAUUAGAACAGCGGGUUCACCCUAUUAACAGGAACCUAAGUAGCAUGUAGAACCUAAAUAGCAUGUAGAACCUAAAGAGUGCUGAGAGUCCGGUCUGUCGCAGGUUCACCCGACUUUCACCCAAGUUAGUUCUGGGGGUUCAUUCUACUAAUAUAAGGAGUAAAUAGCAUGUCGAACCUAGACAGUGCUGAGAAAGCGGUUCAGCCUUUUGAAUGACAAGUUUGUGGGUGAAUAACUUCAAAUAAAUCCACAGUAUACCUUUAAAAACCGAAUUUUUCAGGUAACAUGCGCCAUGUCGCAAUGCGAUCCCAAUAGCUCGACAAUGUCGGUUCUGGUCGAUCGAUUGGCGGCAAUCAAGGUUCCAUUUUCAUUGAUAUAGAAGAAGAGAGAUUUUUCCCAGGACGAUGACCUUUCUCGGCUGCAAUUCGCCGAGAUGCCUGGCGACGUUGUCGCCGAAGUCUACGCGCAGAAGAUCCGAUCAACGAAAAGGCAGCCGCGCACCAAGAAAAAUGAGGGCUGCUGCUUCAGGUAAUGAAUGGAGAGUAGUUGGAAGCUGGGAAGUUUCCAAAAAGAAAAAAUCUGAAGAGGUCUCCCAAGGACAUAUAGUUCAUUCCGCGCUAUCUUGUCGUGAUUUUUACUUUCCUCCGAACUACAGAACCCUUCCGGGAAGCUUUUUUUCGAUGUGUAUGCGCCUUUAAUAUAUUGAACAUUUUAUGCUGAAUAAAAGAUGGAGGGAAAGUUUCAGAAGGAAAAAUAAGGUUUGAGGUAUUUUCCACAGUUAUCUAUGGAUCAAGCAGUAUUUCAUUCCUAUUAAAUUAACCUUCCGGGUUAUUAGAAAAAUUAAUUGCCUGUCUCUGGGUGGGAUGUAAGCUCUUAAGAAUCACUUGCCGCCUUUUCCUUGUCAAGUAUUGGUUGUAGUGGAACUCCUAAAAUGCUUCUGACGAUGUUUAGUGAUCCUUUUACCGUCGUCCGCACUCCUAAGUGUUGACUAAAAAGCUCAGAAACGUUCGGGGCGCCUUCAAUUUGCGUUACCGAGUAAACCAACCUUUUCUCGGAGAAAAAUUUGGUUCUGUUUCAUCCGGCUCAUUCCGCGGAAAGCUUGUCACCAUGGCCUUGAACUUUCGUUAUAUUAAAGGCGCAUGCAUACAGGCAGGUAAUACGCCUUGAAGAGAAGCUUAUCGAAAGGGCUCUAGAGCCCGGAGAAAAAAAAAACUAUCACAAGAAAAACGAUACGCGCCGUAAUUUAUCAACGACUGUUUUGCGAACAGACAAACAACUUUUCAAAUGGUUCAGCCGAUAAAUUUCUCUGAAAACUGGAAUUUGUGCAUGGCUCAGAAUGGGCUAUAUCUUCUUUUUCCUACGCUUUUGUACCGCUUGAGCGGCGUCGGCGCCCCUAGUCGAUUAGCCGAGGUCCUGUCCUAUCCUGAUAUGUGAUUAUCAGUGGACUGGCUAUAGUGACAUAUCCGGCCUUAUGUGUGACGGCUGGGGAUUUUGAAGUCGUGGUUUUCCACUACCACCAGUUCUUAAACCCCUUGGUUGGGUCGGGGCGGGGAUCGAACUUGUGACCCUGUGGACCGUGGACAGGCACACAACCUGUUGCGCUACGGCUCGCGCCCUAACAAAAUGGGCUAUAUGUUCAAAUGAAAAAAAUUUUUUCGGCAGAUUUCGUAGAACCAAUUCGAAUAAUUUACAGUACGUGGGCUCGUUCGUUGUUCUCGCGUCGACCUCCUCCGCCGGCUUCACCGAGCCGCGCCACCAGCCCGCCGCUUCGAGCCAACCUCUCAAAACGCCAUUAA